UAUAUAGUAUGAAUCGAGUGUAAUUUAAAUUCUGAAGGUUUCAUAAAUAACGUAUAUAUAUACACGUAUUGGAAGUUAAGUUCAAUUUCAAUUAGUUAGUUCAACAUACACACGCAAAGCAUACAAAAUGCCGCCUUUAGGAGAAAAAAUGUGGAUCACGAACUAUAUGGAUAGUUACAAUAAGGACAGGAAGUAUUCAAGGAAAUUCACUGGAUCUUCAAGGUUCAACACGCCAAAGAGAAAACCUAUAUCAGAACGCUUGGAAUUUUUAGCACGACCGAAAACACCAGCUCGUCCAAAAACAGCUUCAGUAGUACAAGAGCAAAAGACUUCUUACAACGAAAAAACUAAACCUGUUGUAUCAUUUGAUGAAUUUAAUAAACAAUUUACGAAGCUAAGAUUCGAUAGUAAUGGAUACGUUGUUCAUCCAUAUAGCUGUCCUCCAGAAGUCAAUAUUGCAGUACAAGGAACAAAUGUGCAACUAUCAGAGAGAGAAAAUAAAAACCAUUAUAUGCAACCGAUCCUAGAUGCAGCUGAUAGUCUCCCGAAAACUGACUUAAAUCACGAAAAGAAGGAAGAAGAAGAAGAAGAGAAAAAGAAUGAUGAAGAGGAAGAAAAUAUAGAAAAUGUCGAUAAACAAGACGAAAUACCAACGGUAGCUACACCAGUACCAGACGCAAUAACUGACAAGCCUAAGGAUUACCAUUGGUUGUGUUGGCCAGAGCCUAAACCAAAGGAGGAACCACCGCAAAGACCCCAUACAUCACUGGGUAUACAUAGAGCUCUGACACCUUACGGUGGAGUACCAGGUGACGAUAUAGAAGAUCGACCUAGUAGUACCAUUCCGGGUUAUGCUUUUGGAGACAACGAGGACAUAACACGUGGACCUCCUAUGACAUAUGUUCCUGAGUUAAAAUCUUGGGUUAAUUCUUCAAACGAAUACGAUAAAGACAUCGCUCAGAAUAUAAUGAAUACUAUGUAUUCUAGUCUCGCCCCACCACUGCCAGCCGAAGCUCUCCGACCAAAGAGACAGAUGACAUUUUCAUAUGGCGGACGAAGAUCAAAUAACGCCAUGUACAAUUCUAUGCCAGAUCCUUUGAUACAUUAUUCUCAAAGUUGGCGACCUGUAUAUGAAGACAGAAGAGGACCACCAAGCAGACAUGAAAUUGUUCCACAGUUCCCUCAGAUACCAGGAUUACAGAGAAGUAAAACUGACCUUCAACCAAGACAACGUAGAACAAUACGUUAUCCAAGUGGGGAGGAUUAUGUUCACGAAAGAAGCAUGUUUAUGACUACACAGCCAUCAUGUACAGGCCACUUUAUAAUACACCCUGAUUGGGUUUCUGAGCGAUCGGGGAAACGAAAGCUUUUUGCUGCAAAAAAGAAUGGAAACUCAAGAAAUGGACUACGUUAUGGAACUCCGCAUGAAAUUUAGAACGUUAAUCAAUAAUUUAUUGCAAAAUCAAAAACCACUGUUUUUAUACGACUCUUAGUUAUCAUGCCUAAUUAAAUAUUGUUGUAAAACUGCAUUUUUGUAGAGCUAAGUACCAAAACUUAUCAAAUUAUCAUUUACUUUAAGGGCAUUUUCCAAAGUGUAGGCAUAUUGUCCUUCCGGGAAACACUAAAUUUGUUGAAAAGUAAAGAUAUUUUUUUAAAUUAACGUAUCAGAUAUUUUAGAAUUUUUCAGAAGUACAAAACAAUAAUAGUGAUAUUAAAAUUGCUACUGGUAACUGCAUAAAACUAUGCAAAUUAGGUCUUAUUUAAAAUAUCAACAAUCAUGUACCAAACUGCCAUGUAUGAGAAGGCAAAAAAUGCUCAAUGCGUGUUUAUAAAUUAUGUAUAUACUAAGAAGUACCAAUAUGGUGUUUAACCACAAAAGUCUUUCAAAUAAUCCGUCCAUUUUCUUCUAGUUUAUUGAACAGUAUGUAUGGAGAGUGUCAGUGUGACGCAGAUACUUUUUGUUUUAUUCUCGUUUUGCAAAGUUAUAAAAAGACACAUAUCAAAUACCUAUGUUGAUUUGUCUUCUAAAAAGAAGAUUUGUAAUGAAAAUAAAUGAUUCAAAAUCUACUUCGGACCAGUCGCCGAAGUUCAGCAUUUCAUAAUUUCGUUUUUCGAGAAGUGAGCUACAGAAAUUACUACUAUAUACAAAUUUGAUGUAGAGUAUUGAUUCAAAAAGCUGAAUGCAAAAUGUUUUUUUUAGAGCAACACAAGCCUUUUAAAUUUCAAAAGGAUGAAUAGUAUUUCAUCAUGCACAUCUGUAAACGAUGAUACUGAAAUGGUAAGAACAAAAAAUAAAUAAAAUAGAAUUGUAUAAUUUUGCUGCCUGUAUGAUGAAUAAUUGUUGAAGCUUUUGUAUGUUAUUUCUUUCAUUAGUUUUCAUUGGUGCAAUCAUUAGACCAUCCAAGAUGGCUUUCUAAAACUUGUACUGUUAAGUUUCUAUUUACACUUUUUGUCUAGUCUUAUCUUAAUUGUAUUUGUAGUUAUUUUGUUCUUUUUCAAGAAUUUUAUUAUUUAUUAAUUGUUGUAUUUAAUUUAAAGCGUUGUAAAUAAUUCACAAUAGUUUAGGUUAUGCAUGCACAUGAGUGGUAUUAAUACAUCAUUUUGAGUGUGUGUGACCAAUCAAAUUGAGUAUGGAUCGAAUCUGCAGAGUUGCAGAUUCACCAUGCUUUUACCGGGAACAGUAUUAAGAUGUACAGAAUGGUUUGGAGUGUGUUUUGCAUAAAUUAUAAUUAUAGUAUAAUCAUUGUAAAUAGUGUUAUCAUUUAGGAUAUUUAUUUAUUGCAAAUAAAACAGCUUAUAUUA